GUGAGCGCGCGGCGACCGCCCUGACCGCACGAGCGCGCGCACCAUGCGCAGCGAUACAGUCCCGCGGGUGCACCAUACUGAUACAUAUUACAAUACUGUGAAGUGAUAAACAUUGCAAGGAUUUACUGUACCACCAUAUCCACUGUAAAACUAGUCUAAAAUGGCGACGUCGGGAGGGAAGCGUCGCGAGGAGGGCAGCGACAACUCCGAUGAUGAGCUUACACCACUUGCAAACGAGAUCUAUGGUGGCAGCCAAAGAACAGUACACGAAACAAAAGGAUGGGACGUGUUCAGAGAGUUCCCGCCGAAGCAGGACAGUGGGUCGAUGGAAAGUCAAAAAUGCCUGGAGUUCACGGUGCGGAUGCUCAAAGUGAUGGCGUAUCUGGUCACCUUCAUUGUAGUGUUGGGUUCCGGAGUCAUUGCCAAAGGGACCGUCCUCUUUAUGACCUCGCAGCUAAAAAAAGAUAGGCGAAUAACUUUUUGUAAUAAGAAUUUAGGUAGAGAUAAACAAUUUUUAGUAAGCCUGCCAGAUGAAGAACGAGUGGCUUGGAUGUGGGCAAUACUUGCAGCAUAUGCUAUACCUGAAAUAGGUACGCUGAUACGAUCUGUGAGAAUUUGCUUCUUCAAAUCUUCCAAACGUGCUACAAGCGCACAGUUUAUUGUAGUAUUCAUAGCAGAAUCUCUUCACACUAUAGGAAUGGCAAUAUUAUUCUUCAAAAUUCUUCCUGAAAUGGAUGUUGUAAAAGGUGCUAUGUUAACAAAUUGUCUUUGCAUAGUUCCUGCUAUUCUGGGACUUCUCUCGCGUAAUUCAAGGGAUUCAAAACGUUUUGUAAAAGUAAUAGUAGAUAUAGCAGCAAUAGUGGCGCAAGUUACAGGUUUCAUUGUGUGGCCCCUAUCAGAAAAUAAGCCCGUGUUAUGGUUGAUACCUGUGGCUUCAUUAUGUAUUUCCCUGGGCUGGUGGGAGAACUAUGUAACACGUCAAAGCCCAAUCGGUAUUAUCAAAAGUUUAGGUAGAUUAAAGGAUGAUCUAAAUUUAUCACGAUAUUUUAUCUACAGAUUCAUGUCUGUGUGGAAAAUAAUGUUGUUCCUUGUUUGUAUUUUAUUCACCAUUUGGUUAGACGGCGACGAACCUGCGAUGUUCUUCCAACUAUUUAACACAGGAUUUGGACCACAUAACAUUGUUGUUGAAGAGGUUCAAGUUCAACUUGGGGGCACUGUGAUACCGGAUCUGGCAAAUGUCACCUUAACAGGAGAUUCUGUUGAAAUUGCAGCAACACAUAAAUCAGCGUUUUAUGUGUUACUUAUUCAAGUAUUUGCAGCUUACUUCUGUUAUAUUUUUGGGAAAUUUGCUUGCAAGAUUUUAAUUCAAGGAUUUAGUUAUGCGUUUCCUAUUAACUUAGUCAUUCCAUUGGUGGUAAACUUUUUAAUCGCAGCAUGUGGUAUUAGGAACGGUGAUAACUGUUUCUUCCAUGGAACUGUGCCAGAUUAUCUCUUCUUCGAAAGUCCUCCAGUCUUCACGCUUAGUGACUUUAUUUCUCGACAAAUGGCUUGGAUUUGGCUCCUCUGGUUGUUAUCGCAGACUUGGAUUACAAUACACAUAUGGACCCCGAAAGCUGAACGUCUGGCGUCUACUGAAAAAUUAUUCGUAUUACCUAUGUACAAUGGAUUACUUGUAGAUCAAAGCAUGGCGCUAAACAGAAAACGCGAUGAUCAUAAAGAUGUCAAAACCGAGGAUCUUGCGGAAAUUGAAAAAGAGAAAGGAGAUGAAUACUAUGAGACUAUAUCAGUUCACACGGAUAAUACUGGUUCUUCUCCUAAAACUGUAAAAUCAUCGGAUCAAAUUACCAGAAUAUAUGCAUGCGCUACUAUGUGGCAUGAAACUAAAGACGAGAUGAUGGAAUUCUUGAAGUCUAUUCUUCGACUGGAUGAAGAUCAAUGUGCUCGCCGUGUUGCUCAAAAAUAUCUCCGUGUUGUAGACCCUGAUUAUUACGAAUUCGAAACACAUAUAUUUUUGGACGAUGCUUUUGAAAUAUCAGAUCAUAGUGACGACGAUUCACAAGUGAAUCGCUUCGUUAAACUUCUAGUUGACACUAUUGACGAAGCUGCCUCUGAAGUACAUCAGACCAUCAUUCGCAUUCGCCCCCCGAAGAAAUACCCUGCGCCAUAUGGAGGACGAUUAACUUGGGUUUUACCAGGAAAAACCAAAAUGAUUUGUCAUCUGAAAGAUAAAGCGAAGAUUCGUCACAGAAAACGAUGGUCUCAGGUGAUGUACAUGUACUAUUUAUUGGGUCACCGUUUAAUGGAACUUCCAAUCUCUGUGGAUAGAAAAGAAGUGAUGGCUGAGAACACAUACCUACUAACGCUUGAUGGAGAUAUUGAUUUCCAACCGCACGCUGUAAGACUCCUUAUUGAUUUGAUGAAGAAAAACAAGAAUUUAGGUGCUGCUUGUGGACGUAUUCAUCCUGUUGGCUCUGGUCCCAUGGUGUGGUAUCAAAUGUUUGAAUAUGCUAUUGGGCAUUGGCUGCAAAAGGCGACGGAACAUAUGAUCGGAUGCGUGCUUUGUAGUCCUGGUUGUUUCUCUCUCUUCAGAGGAAAGGCUUUGAUGGAUGAUAACGUAAUGAAAAAGUAUACUUUACGAUCAGAUGAAGCCCGACAUUACGUACAAUACGAUCAAGGAGAAGAUCGUUGGUUGUGUACGCUUUUACUUCAACGUGGUUAUCGUGUAGAAUACUCAGCUGCUUCAGACGCUUACACUCAUUGUCCAGAGGGUUUCAGCGAAUUCUAUAAUCAGCGUCGUCGUUGGGUGCCAUCCACUAUUGCUAACAUUAUGGAUUUGCUCAUGGAUUACAAGCAUACGAUCAAAAUCAACGACAAUAUUUCAACACCGUACAUUGCAUAUCAGAUGAUGUUGAUGGGAGGUACAAUCUUGGGCCCCGGAACUAUAUUUCUUAUGUUGGUGGGUGCUUUCGUGGCAGCCUUCCGAAUUGACAACUGGACCUCCUUCGAAUAUAAUUUAUACCCUAUUUUGAUUUUCAUGUUCGUUUGCUUCACUAUGAAAUCGGAAAUACAGUUGCUGGUAGCACAAAUUCUAUCUACAGCAUAUGCUAUGAUAAUGAUGGCUGUGAUUGUUGGUACUGCGCUUCAAUUAGGCGAGGACGGCAUUGGCUCCCCUUCAGCUAUUUUCUUGAUAGCACUGUCCAGUUCAUUUUUCAUAGCGGCAUGUUUACAUCCGCAAGAAUUUUGGUGUAUUGUACCGGGUAUUAUUUACCUUCUAUCUAUACCUUCUAUGUACUUGCUGUUAAUUUUGUAUUCUGUUAUCAACCUGAAUGUCGUAUCUUGGGGUACUCGAGAAGUACAAACAAAGAAAACUAAAAAGGAAAUAGAACAAGAAAAGAAAGAUGCUGAGGAAGCGAAGAAAAAGGCUAAACAGAAAUCAUUAUUAGGUUUCUUAUCUGGAGUAAACAGUAAUGAGGAAGAAGGAUCUAUAGAAUUUUCAUUUGCUGGUUUGUUCAAAUGUUUACUGUGUACUCAUCCAAAAGGAAACGAAGAAAAAGUACAGUUAAUGCACAUAGCAUCCACGCUAGACAAAUUGGAGAAAAAAUUGGAUGUAGUUGAAAGAUCAAUUGAUCCGCAUGGCCUGAAUAGAGGUCGGAAAUUGUCUGUGGGUCAUCGUGGCAGUACUAAUGGAGAUCACCAAUUGGAUGCUCUGGCUGAAGGUCCAGAAGAAGAUCACAAUUCUGAUUCAGAAACGGAUACCCUUUCUACAGUCCCCAGAGAAAGGAGAGAUGAUCUUAUUAAUCCCUAUUGGAUCGAAGACCCAGAAUUGAAAAAAGGAGAAGUAGAUUUUUUGACUCCGGCUGAAUUACAGUUUUGGAAAGACCUCAUUGAUAAAUAUUUGUAUCCCAUUGAUGCAAACAAGGAGGAACAAGCCCGUAUUACAAAGGAUUUGAAAGAAUUGAGAGACUCAUCUGUUUUUUCAUUCUUUAUGAUCAAUGCCCUCUUUGUGCUCAUUGUAUUCUUGCUACAACUGAACAAGGACAACAUUCAUUUUAAAUGGCCCUUCGGAGUUAAAACUAAUAUAACUUAUGAUGAUGUUUCACAAGAGGUUUUGAUCACGAAAGAAUAUUUGCAACUGGAACCGAUUGGUCUGGUAUUCGUGUUCUUUUUCGCUUUGAUUUUGGUUAUCCAGUUUACGGCCAUGUUGUUCCAUCGAUUUGGAACUCUUUCACACAUUUUAUCAUCCACGGAACUGAACUGGUUCUGUACGAAGAAGGCGGAAGACCUUUCACAAGAUGCAUUGCUUGAUAAAAAUGCAAUAGCAAUAGUAAAAGAUUUGCAAAAAUUGAAUGGAUUAGAUGACGAUUAUGACAACGAUUCUAGCUCUGGUCCUCAUAAUGUUGGUAGACGGAAAACUAUCCACAAUUUGGAAAAGGCUAGACAGAAGAAGAGGAACAUAGGCACUCUUGAUGUAGCAUUCAAGAAACGAUUCUUCAAUAUGAAUGCCAAUGAUGGGCCAGGUACACCAGUACUAAAUCGCAAGAUGACGUUGCGUAGAGAGACACUCAAAGCGUUGGAGACUCGAAGAAAUUCGGUAAUGGCAGAACGAAGAAAGUCACAAAUGCAAACACUUGGUGCUAACAAUGAAUAUGGAGUCACGGGACUGAUUAACAACAACAUUGGGGCACCGCGCCAUCGUACGUCGAACGCUAAUAUUUCUGUAAAGGAUGUCUUUGCGGAGCCAAAUGGAGGUCAAGUAAACCGAGGCUAUGAGACAACAUUGGGGGACGAGGAUGAUAGCAACUCUAUGAGACUUCAACCAAGACAAAAUCAGGUCUCGUUCCAGGGCAGAUUUUAAGGCUAUUUCCAGAAAAACUCUUUAGUUUUCCAAGAGUUGCCAAACUAAAUUUAGCAUCAACUACUUAGCAUAAACAAUGUAGAUACUCAUUUUACAUAUUGUAUAUUAGUUAGUAUAAAAUAUUUUUUUAAUAUCAUAUAGCCUAUGAUAUGCCUCAUAUGAUAUUUCAAAAUUUCUGUGAUUCAGGCAGGUUAUUAAUGCAAAAUCACAAACUACAAUUUAGAACAUUUACAGCUUUAUUGUAAAAUAGAAUCUAAUAUUACACUGCCACUUAACUUUAGUCCAUAGUGUAUUUUUAUAUUUUAUACAUUGACAAUAAAAAUAUUUUAAAACUUGU